AUGGCUAAUUUCACUACAAUGACUGGAUUUCUCCUCAUGGGGUUUCCCAGAAAACCUGAGUUAGAAAUAUUAUUUGGUUCUUUUUUCUUAGCCUUAUAUUUGGUGGCUUUAACUGGUAAUGUUCUCAUUAUCGUUGCCACUUCUAUGAACCACAGUCUCUAUACACCUAUGUACUUUUUCCUGAAACAUCUUUCUCUUUUGGAUCUGUGCUACAUUUCUGUGACUGUGCCAAGGUCCAUUUGCAAUUCUUUCAUGCACAGUAGAUAUAUUUCCCUCUGGGAAUGCAUAAUGCAGUGUUUUGCAUUCACUGUCUGUGGUUCCACUGAAAUGGCCAUGCUCACAAUAAUGUCCUAUGACCGCUAUGUGGCCAUCUGCCUUCCACUGCACUAUGAAGCCAUCAUGGACGCCAGGACCUGUGUUUGUGGAGUGCUAGCUGUCUGGGCCAGUGGAAUCAUCUCUGGAGUCAUGCAUACAGCGGCUACUUUCUCCAUCCACUUCUGUGGUGCCAAUGUUAUUCAUCAGUUCUUCUGUGAUGCCUCCCAGAUCCUGAAACUCUCUUGUUCCAAUGAAUAUGUCAGUGAGCUUGGUGUUGCGGGCUUCCUGUCCUUGAUGGCGUUUUUUUGCUUCAUCUCUAUUGGACUUACCUACAUACGUAUAUUCUCUACUGUGCUAAGAACACCAUCUUCUGAGAGCAGAGACAGAGCCUUUUCUACUUGCCUGACACACUUAUGUGUUGUCAUAUUGUUUCUAUCUACUGGUGUCUUUGAGUUUCUAAAGCCACAUUCCGAAUCUCCAUCUGCAUUAGACAUUUUACUCACUGUUUUUUAUACUGUUCUUCCCCCAACAUUCAAUCCAAUAAUCUAUAGCCUGAGAAAUGAGUCCAUGAAGGCAGCUCUAAGAAAGAUUUUUCAAAGAAGAAAAGACUACUUCUUUUGUUGA